AUGAAUAACAUCAUAGCUAUACUUGCUGUGACGACAGCAGUGGUGUGCGCUCAACCCGGGCCCCGUGGUCCCUUCCCAGGAGGACCAGGAGGUCCCGCUCCCCAAGGACCUCCCGAACCUCCUUUCCUCAAAUAUGUGAAUCAAUGGGGGCGAAGAGAGUUUCAAGAUAUUAUGAUGAACAACAAGUUGACGUUUGCUGAGAAGAAGGCAAAAGUCGAUCAGUGGGCUGAAAAGUAUAAAGUAAAGGACAAAGUCGACGAAUUCAAUGCUGAGAUGACUAAGAAGAAGGAAGAAGCAGAAAAGAAAGUUGCCGAGCUUAUCGGCAAAUUGGCAGAUGCGCAUAAGAAAGUUUCUGAACUCUUCAAAAAGGAAGACCAGACCCCUGAACAGCUUGUUCAGGCUUUGAAAGAUCUCGUCAAGGAAGAACCUGAGGUAUUCAACGUUCUGAGAUUCGCUUUCCAUCAAAUCAUGAAAGGACCAGGUGGACCACCACCACCAGUUGGACCAGGUGGACCACCACCACCACCACCACCACCACCACCAGUUGGACCAGCAUUCCCAGGAGGACCAGGACCGUACGGACCAGGACCAUUCGGACCAGGAGGCCCAGGAGGACCAGGAGGACCAGGACCAUUCGGGCCAAUGGGACCUCCACCUCCAAGACCUGGACGUUGGUAG